GCGCCAUGAUCGCAGCUCCUCGGCAAACACCACGAGAAUUCGGCAGCCCACACGGUUAAGAAAAGGUGGCCAGCCUCCUGGUAUAUGUAUUUUGACCAGUCUCCUUCGGUAAUUGAUCAUUCCUGCGUAAUUCUGAAUGAUGACAGAACAGGAUAUGGCAGAUGUGGUUCAAAUAGCAGUGGAAGACUUGAAUCCUGAUCAUACAGCAACAGCAGUUGUGUUGGAGAACCAUGAAGUGACAGAGGAAGAGGUAGAACCCGCUCUGAAGCGCCAGCGAAUAGAAAUCAACUGCCAGGAUCCCUCUAUAAAGUCGUUCCUGUAUUCCAUUAACCAGACAAUAUGCUUGCGAUUGGAUAGCAUUGAGGCAAAACUGCAAGCCCUUGAAGCUACUUGCAAAUCAUUAGAAGAAAAGUUGGACCUGGUCAUGAAUAAACAGCACAGACCCAUCCAAGUUCCUAUGGUGGCAGGCUCUCCACUUGGGGCUACUCAGUCGUGUGACAAAGUGCGAUGCGUCGUCCCCCAGACUACAGUAAUACUGAACAAUGAUCGGCAGAACUCUAUUGUAGCCAAGAUGGUUGGGCAAGAAGAGCCGUUGAGCAGGGCAACGGAUUCUUUGGAAAAUAUCCUUAGCAAUGCCGUUCCUGGACGAAGGCAAAACACCAUUGUAGUUAAGGUCCCGGGGCACGAGGACAGCCAGAAUGAAGAUGGAGAGAGCGGCUCUGAAGCCAGUGACUCUGUUUCCAACAGUGGUCAGGCUGGAAGCCAGAAUAUCGGCAACAACGUUACACUGAUUACCCUAAACACUGAAGAGGACUACCCCGACGGGACCUGGCUCGGAGACGAAAACAACCCCGAGAUGCGAGUUCGUUGCGCCAUCACACCAGCCGACAUGAUGCACAUCAGCACCAACUGCUGCACCGCGGAGAAGAUGGCGCUAACCCUACUGGACUAUCUCUUUCACCGAGAAAUCCAGGCGGUCUCCAACUUAUCGGGGCAGGGGAAGCUGGGGAAGAAACAGCUUGACCCUCUGACGAUAUAUGGAAUUCGUUGUCAUCUUUUCUACAAAUUUGGAAUCACAGAGUCCGACUGGUAUAGAAUCAAGCAGAGUAUUGACUCCAAGUGCCGAACAGCAUGGCGGCGGAAACAACGAGGUCAGAGUCUUGCAGUGAAAAGCUUUUCAAGGCGAACACCUGCAUCAACCUUUUAUAGUGGCUCAGAGGGUGUCCAGGGCACAGUUUCAACUUCUAAUGAACUCCAGUCGUCGCAGCCUCAGGCAUUGCACUAUGCACUGGCUAAUGCUCAGCAAGUCCAGAUUCAUCAAAUUGGAGAAGAUGGACAAGUCCAAGUAAUUCCACAGGGACACCUUCACAUAGCCCAGGUGCCACAAGGAGAACAAGUUCAGAUUACACAGGACAGCGAGGGUAACUUACAAAUACAUCAAGUUCAUGUUGGACAAGAUGGGCAGGUAUUGCAGGGUGCGCAAUUGAUAGCUGUUGCCUCGACUGAUCCUGCUUCAGGAGGAGUUGAUGGAUCACCACUCCAAGGAAGUGACAUCCAGGUCCAGUACGUCCAACUGGCUCCGGUGACUGACCACUCCACCACUACCCAAAGCACCGAUUCCCUUCAAUCAACUAUCCAGCCAGAAAUGCAGAUUGAACAUGGAGCAAUCCAGAUCCAGUAAUCCAGAUCCAUUGUGACGGGAAUGGGGACUUUGUGCAUACCCGUAUUAGUUGCCAGCAACUAAUAUCAUAAGCUAUAGCAGCCAAAUGCCGAGAAACAAGAAAGGAAGUGACCGCCAUUCUCAUAGCAUUUGGUCUCCUGUAAAUUAACCUUUUCCAGACUCACAGUGCCCUCUUGGUUGAAGACAUGGGAGGCGACAACCACAAUUGAAGGUUGGCCGAACGUACUGGCACCCCAAGCCACAUAUAGGAAAAUCGAGAGCUGCGUGACGCUAGCUUUCUCUGACCAGACGUGUUGUAUUCCUAUUUUAAUUCUCAUUUUCCUCUUUCCCCUUCUGCACACCUAUUUAAUCAUGGACAUAUUCUGUCACACACCCCCUCCUUCUGCCUUACAUUUCCUCAUUCUUGAUUUCUCCUAUCCCCAUUUCCCUGCGUCCCCCAUCCCUGACACUCACACACUAUUUCUGACGUACAUUCAUGGCUUUUGCACACACAGUACGCAGAUGCCUUCAGUGCACACGCAUGCCUUCGGGAAUGUGCUUUUUCUCUCCCUCACCAACCCAUGUCAGGCCCUGACUCAGCUCUGCUUGGCAACAGUGCCAUGAGAGAUGCUGCAAAGCCACAGCGGGUCUUCCUGAAACCCAGAACGCCGGCACAUUAAACACUCCUAUUGAGCGCCUCCAAACCCAGUGCGAACAGGGCAAAAUAGCUUCUUUUAAGCCUGGUCUUGGGCCGCUGAUCCCCAGCCUAACUGUUAAGGAGCCACAGGAUGCUGUCAAGCAGCCAUUUGAACUCCCCUGACUUAGGUCCUUUUAUAGCUCAUUUAAAGAGAAAAUCAUUUGCUUCAAGAAAAAAAAAAAAAACUGCUCGGUGAACCAAAACUGAAAUAGAUUUGCCUCCCCUAACACAACUCCCCCUUUGUGUGUGUCACACACUGUUGUCUUUAGAUCAAUGGAAGCAUACCGCAAGAUGCUUUAUUACACAUAGAAAAAUCAAGAACUAUAAAAUGUUUUUCACUGUUUCAACAGUUUUUUUUUUUAAUUCGGUGUUUAUAACAAAAAAGAAAAUAUAGAAAAAAGUGGAAGCAUCGAAGCCUUUUGCUAGUGUUUUCGGUUCAGUGUAAUAAAUAGGUAUAUGAAAAUGACUACUUACGAUUUUGGUUGAAUUGUCGCUUAACUACUUUUUUAAGAGAAAAUGUUAUUGGAAGCUGUAAUUAUGCAUUUCUAAGGAAAUAAAUGGGUAUUUAUGAACUCUGAAGUUUUCUGCUGCCUUAGGGAGAAAGUGCAUACAGAAAUAUUUGUCGGUAUUUGUAG